AUGUCGUCGCCAGAAACAUAUAAUAAUGAUAAUACAAUUUUAUCAUCAUCAGAAAAUAGUGUUAAUGUUGAUGUGAAACAGAGUUGUGAAACAAUAUAUGGUCUUUAUGCAGGAAAAGAGUGUAAAGAUUUUGCAUUCAAAGGAAGUCAAAAUACAUUAUUAUCUAUCAACUUCCCAGAAGGUUCUCGUCUUUCAGACAUCAAUGAUUGUGCUUUCUAUCAAUGCACAAAACUCUCAUCUGUUGAUUUCAACAACUGUGAAUUUUUAACGAAAAUCGGAUCAUAUGCAUUCAGUGGGUGCUCAUCACUAACAAAUGUAAUUCUUCCAAUUCAUCUGAAAUCAAUUUCACCUUUUUGUUUUGAAUCAACAUCAAUCUUAUCUAUUUCUAUUCCAAAUGAAGUCACUUCACUUGGAUCAUCCUGUUUUCAAUAUUGUUCAAAAUUAAAAAACGUAAUAAUUGAUGUUGAAUCCAAUCUAAAAGAAAUUAACUCCAAUGUUUUUAAUUAUGACAUUGUAGAAACGCUUUUUAUUCCAAAAUCAACUUCAUCUAUUAUUGGGUAUGCAUUUGUUCGAUCAAUUGCAAUGAAAGAGUUUACUAUUGAUCCAUCAAAUCCAAGUUACAGUGUAUCAGAUGGAAUUUUAUUCAACAAAGCUCAAACAUAUCUUAUUAGAUUUCCUCCAAAUAAAAGUAAAACUUAUAUUAUACCUGAAAAAGUAAUAUCAAUAGCUGCUUGUUCAUUUGCAAAUUCAAUUAUUGAAUCUAUUCAAUUUUCGAGUGAUUUUCGAUCAAUUGGUGCUUGGGCAUUUGUAAGCUCAAAUCUUAAAUCAAUUGAAAUACCAGAUACUGUAACAACUAUUUUUGACGGGGCUUUUGGAUCCUGCAUUUAUUUAAAUUCUGUUGUAAUUGGAAAAGGAGUUGCUUCAAUUCCCACUCAAUGUUUUCAAUAUACAAAUAUUUCAUCAAUAACAAUUCCAUCAGGAAUAACAAAAAUUGAUAGUUAUGCAUUUUAUGGCUGUAAUAAUCUUAAAGAAGUUGUUUUGCCAUCGAGCUUGAAAAAUCUUGGUGGUUCUUGCUUCCCAAGUAACACAAAUUUGACAUUCUCUGAAGGAUCUGAUUUUAUUAUUGAUGAUCAAAUGAUUGUUUAUAACAAAGCAAAAACAAACAUUGUAAUGAGUCUGAAUCAGAGUGAUAGUUAUAUCAUUCCAUCAACUGUCGAGAAAAUCAACAUUGAAACAUUUAUUUCAAAUCACAAUUUGAAGACAGUCGAAUUUGGAUUAAACAGUAAUUUAUAUGAUAUUGGUGACAAAGCAUUCUUUGGAUGCGACCAGCUUUCAAGUAUCAAUAUUCCUCUCACAAUUUCUAAACUUGGUAAAUAUUCAUUCUCAGGAUGUAACUCUCUUCAAUCCAUCUUCUUUGGCGAUAAUUUGAGUAUGAUUUCAGAUAAUUGUUUUGAGAACUGUAUCUCUCUAAGAACUAUUAGUUUUGUUGAUAUUAGUGUAAGUGCAAAUAUCAGUCAGUAUGCAUUCAGUGGAUGUAGUUCUCUAUCAUCUGUCACACUGAAAAAAAGGAAUUUUGAGUCUUGA